AGACUGCAUAUAGUUUUAGAAUGUGAUUUUUUUAUAAAAGAAGGUGGAGAUCCCAACUUCCUUUGUCUUGUCUAUAUAUAUGUCUGAGUGUGUGUUUUGGUGUUUCCUGGCAAGUGACUUGACAGAGAAACUAAACUGAACAAAGCAGCCUUAAUUUGAGAUGCUAACUGGCACCAUGAAAAUAUCAGGUGUAUUUCUGCUCCUCUCUCUGGCUCUUUUCUGCUUUUUCUCAGGUGUCUUCACUCAGGGCAGACAGGAAAAAAGAGGCUGGCUCAUGAGAUCAAAGGGCCAAUGGCCAGGGAAAGAUGCCUUAAGAAGUCAUCUCUUUCAAGUUGACUGCGGUGAGUUCCCUGACCCCAAGGUCUUCUGCACUCGGGAAUCGGACCCCCACUGUGGCUCUGAUGGACAGACAUAUGGCAAUAAAUGUGCCUUCUGUAAGGCAGUGGCGAAAAGUGAUGGGAAGAUCAGACUAAAGCAUCACGGAAAAUGCUGAAUCAAAAAAGCCAGCGUGUCCUGCUGGUUGGGCAGCUCUCAUCCUUUCCUAACUUCUGCUUUACUUUUCUCUGGUGAAUCACUUGAGUUUAUAAAGAAACACCUUUUACUCUGUCCAAGUCCUAGGGAGUUCACUGUAUGUCUAUCUCCCCU